AUGAGACCCUCCGAGUACGCUAUCCCUCCCGAAGGUUUGGUACUAGUCACCGGAGCCAAUGGGUACAUUGCGUCGCAUGUUGUCGAUGUAUUGUUAGAGCUGGGAUAUAAUGUUCGCGGGACUGUUAGGCAAAGUAAACCAUGGUUGGAUCGCUUCUUCGAAGAGAGAUACGGCAAGGGCAGAUAUGAGAGCAUCGUGGUGUCAGCAAUGGAAGAAGAGGACGCCUUUGCCUCUGCUGCCAAAGGGACUGACGGAAUCAUUCAUGUGGCCACAGACGUUAGUCUUGCCAGUGAUCCUCAUAGGAUCAUACCGGCUGUCCGAAAUGGCACAAUCAAUGCCCUCAAGGCCGCUUCGAGUCAAGAGUCAGUGAAGCGCUUCGUUCUGACGUCGUCUUCUACCGCGGCAAUCAUUCCUCAGGCCAACAAAAAGGGCGUCAAAGUCGAUGAGAACACGUGGAACGACGACGUUGUCGCUCUCGCAUGGAGCGGCAAGGCGCCAGACUCUGCAAAAGGCUACAUAACGUACGCGGCUUCGAAGACUGAAGGGGAACGGGCUGCAUGGAAGUGGGUGGAAGAGAAUAAACCCGGGUUUGUCCUUAACACUGUAUUGCCAAAUUGCAAUUUUGGCCGAAUUUUGAUACCAGAGCAUAUGCACGGUUCUACCAUGGGCUUCGUUCGUAACUUUUUCAAGCGAGACUACUCUGCCCUGGAAUUGCUGCCACCACAAUAUUUCGUCGACGUCAGAGACACCGCUCGUCUACAUGUGGCAGCCCUUCUUGACCCAAAUGUCAAAGCAGAGCGCAUAUUCGCCUUUGCAACAGAGUACAACUGGACAGAUGUGCUUACCAUUUUGCGCAAACUACGUCCAGACCAUGAAUUCCCUGACGAUCCCGAAAAUGAAGGCCGUGACUAUACGGAAGUUGUUCCUAUAGCCAGAGCCCAGAGGUUGCUUCAAGAUUUUUUUGGCCAGGCAGAUUGGACAUCUCUGGAGGACAGUCUGGCAGCUGGGAUUGAGGACAUCUAG